GAUUAACCGCCAUCAUUCUUGACCCUGAUCCUGUUCUUGGGUUGGCUGCCUCCCCUCACUUACAACUGCAUUGAUUUAAACCCCUCCACUUGCCCCCCACAACCUAAGAAGAAAAGAAGCUUGAACCCUUGACCGUCCGUGAUACCCCUCUUCGCUUCUCAUCUGCUUUAAACCUUGGGCCCCUCUCCCUACCAAAGGUUCCCUGUCUGCCAAGCUCCCCGACAGACAAGUCCAAUUUCAACGACACGUUUCCUACUUUGCGACAUUGUCCUUUUCUCAACGACAACGACACAACGACCGACACUCGCCCAUCAUGGCUUCACCGACGACUUCGAACCUGCCCUCGAGGGCCACCACUGGAUUGAGCGCCUUUAGUGACGAUGCUAUUCCCGAGGUCGACCCUUCAACCACGGCGGGACUGCUCGCAGAGCGACUCCAGGCCUGGAAGCAUGCUGUUGGCUAUCUCGAGGAGUACAUGAAGGCAAUGGAAAAGAUUCACGGCCACCACGCCAAAGAGUACGAGAAGGCGCUGAAGACCAUCUCGAAUCCCCUUAAGGAGGGCCACCACUUUGACCAGAGCCUCGGCGGAAUUGCCGGCUUCUUCGAGAAUAUGCGCUCCAACACCCAAUCCAUGAUCAACACCAACAUCGAGACCGAAAAGAGCAUCAAGGGCUCUGUCCUCCCCGUUCUCGAGCGACUGCACAAGGAGAUUAAGCACAAGGCCAAGGAACUGGCCCACGGUGCCGAAAAGGGCGCCAAGGAGGUUGAGAAGGCCCGUAACACAACACAGAAGCAUAUUGAGCUGCUCGGACAGCAGGCUGCUGCUUUCGACUCGGCUGGUGGUCACCUCAACAGCAAUGACGACCCGUAUGUUGUCUACCGUGGUGUUCUGCACCGCUUGAAUGCUCAGGUCAUCACCGAAAACAACCACCGCAACGACCUUCUCGCCGUCCAGAACAACUUCUCGACCUUUGAGUCUCAUGUUAUCGAGGUGGUCCAGCAGGCUUUCGAGGCAUUCGUGCAACUUGCAGGUGGCCAGGCUGAGAAGACGCAUGCCCUUCACAACGACAUGUUGGGCUCGAUCCAGCGAGUUGGCCCCGAGUUUGAGUGGAAUGCUUUCAAGGACCGCAGCGCUGACCGCCUCGUCAACCCCAACGAGCCAGCCCGAUCUGUCGAGGCUAUCCAGUUCCCCAACAUGGACCACACGGCGACUCGUGCCCUGAUCGAGGGCUCGCUGGAGCGCAAGUCGCGCAACAAGCUGUCAUGGGGUUACUCGACUAGCUACUACGUUGUCACGCCUUCCAAGUUCCUGCAUGAGUUUAAAGACUCGGACAACAACCGCGUGGACCCCAAGCCCGAACUGUCUGUCUAUCUCCCUGACGCAGUCAUCGGCACGGUCCAGGGCGAGAAGUUCAGCGUCAAGGGCAAGGAUAAGUCAAAGACAAUGAGCAGCAAGCUUACUGGCUCCACCGAGCUACAAUUCAAGGCGCACACGGCGGCCGAUGCUCAGAAGUGGUUCCAGAUUCUCUCAGAUGUUGGCAAGUCGACAGCUCCUCUGAGUGUCGGUUCCAGCCCAGUUGGUUCCACGCCCACGUCGCCCAACCCUCAGGGUGCCAACGACAACCCGCUUGACAACAAGCUGCAGUCCCCCAUCAGCCCGGCGGGCGAGCACAAGGCACAGGAAGCGGGCGUCGUAGGCGGCGAGGUCCCUGCCGCGACGAGUGAGAAGAAGGCAGAGGCAGCUUAAUGAAUGAAGUGAGGCGAACGAAGGGUGACAGCCAUGCCAUGGCAUGCCGCGCGUGCGCUCAGCUGCUCACAUCCGCGUGCGAACGGCGAUAUCUAUACCCAGAGCCAUGCAUACAUAGGCAAACAGAAUCUUGCGCUGCGAUUUGACGAUAGCCCUCAAAGCAGGGCUAACGACAGGACACGUCAGGACUUGUUGCCGGGGAGGAUUGCGAUGAUUUCGUCAGUGUGUCAAGGUGUUGAUGGAAAGGAGAAGUUCGAGAACCUCGUGGCGGUUGCCUUGAGGUUGAUUUACAAUGGCUGGAACCAUGCUCCUAAUGGUCGACUUGAGCGAAACGGAUGGUGAUUGGUGAUGUUGUUGGUUGCUGUUUGGUUGAGUUGUCUGAUGAGGUUGUUGGCCUAUACCUGGGUUUUUGAGCCUACCUACCAAUGAAACGUUUGCUACAGUCUCGUUGACGCCAUUUCAGAUUUGUGCAAAUCAUAUCUCUUCAUCUGUCUCUACCAAGGUGAGUCCUCACGUGUCUAUUACCCGGAGCCCAUGCUACUUUUCUCUUGUCUCGGGAGUAAGCUUGUCAUUCGCGGUAAGCUAGAGCCUAAGCCACCCCGAGCUCCCCGGUCAAGCUCUAGCUCCCGCCAAGCAAACAUGGUGAAGGAGCUGAUGCGCAUACCGAGAUUCAAGUGACGGAUAGGACUGGGGGGAGGGGAACGUUGUCAAAUCAUGAACAGGUGUGGCUGCGCCAAGUGACGGCCGGGGAGACGGGAACUGGGAGAAGCUGACCCAAAGACGGGAAGCUAUUAACGGGGCGACGAUCUCAGGGUAUUGGGGAUGGGUUCGUCCAGGGGGUGGGGGUGUGAUGGGAUAGGAUGCGUGUCACCCAGCCUGCUUCUGCUUCUGCUGCUGCUGCUUCUGCUGCGGGGGAGACAAGAUGGUCACCCACGGUUGUGAGUGAGAAUCAGGCUCUGGGCGAACCGCCGCUGGAAGAGAAAGAAGGCAGCAAGCAUCACAAGAUGAGGGGGGGAGACAACAAGAAGUGAGGCUUUCUCUUCCCA